GAUUAUUAUUGGUGCAUGUCAUUUAUUUGUGGGUAUUGAAUAAACAAAUUAGUCUUGGUUCAACCUGCCUUUCAAUUACGACAUGGUGUCAGGUGUCGUCUAAAAUAAUUAAUUUUCGGUAUAAAAAGUCGACUUUAAGCUAAAAUUAAGUGUUCGUACGUAGAAAAAGUGAUAGUGUUUUAUUAUUACUAUGGAACACGCGCGUCCGCCAUCGGAAUUAUGCCUAGAGGGCGGGCCGGCAAACCGCGCUGACGCGUGGCGAAAAUGGUACAAGCAGUUUUUGGUGUUCCUGAAGGCCUCGGGAGUCUAUAAAGAACCGACAGAUGUACAAGCCAGUCUCCUCAUUAACCUGAUAGGCUCAGAAGGUUACGACGUAUAUACUACGUUUAAAUUCGAAAAGGAGACUGAUCGGGAGAAUUUCGACAAGUUGGUCAGCAAAUUUAAUGAGCAUUUCGGUACGAAACAAAAUACUACCAUGGCUCGUUUCAAAUUUUUUACAAGAAAUCAAGAAAAUGGUGAAUCUGUCGAUGAGUACGUCACAGCAUUGAAAAUACUUUCGCAGCAUUGUGAAUUCGAGCAUCUCGAAGAAGGUCUGAUACGCGAUCGUGUUGUUUGCGGGGUCACCGAUGGAAAAAUACGUGAUCGAUUACUGAGAGCUGAGGAUCUGACCCUCGCACGAGCUGUGAAGAUUUGUCAAGCUAGUGAGAUGUCUACAGAGGAAAAACGGCAGAUAGAAGGAACCAAGGCGGUAACCGACGGGGGCGCGUCGUCGGCAGCCGUGGACGUGGUGUACGGCGGCGCAGGCGGACCGUCGCGAGCGGCGCGUGGCGGCUGGGGCCGGCCGCGGCCGCGGGGCCAGCUCCGUGCGGCCGGCGCUCGGGGAGCGGCCACUGCAGGCGGCCGACGCGGGGCAGCUUCUAGGAGUGCGUGUCGGGCUUGCAUGAAGGAUCAGUGUGACGGAGACUAUAAGUGUGCGGCUAGAAAUGCUCAAUGUUUUUGGUGCAGUGAACGGGGACAUUUUAAAAGUGCAUGUCCUAAGUUAAAGAGCAGAGUAUACCAAAUUGAGGAAGAGUUAUCAACUGACGAUUCAGAUUUGUACUACGUCUCCACGGUCGACAAUUUCGGUGACGGUAUGGACAGCCACAAAUGGUAUGAGACUUUAUUUUUAUAUGGUAGUGAUUUAAAAGAAAGAUUUAAGCUAGAUACUGGUUCGGAUUUAAAUGUAAUGUCCUUGAAAACAUAUUGUAAAUUGGGUUUGAACUUAUCAGAGUUAACAUCAGAUAAUACGAGAGCUUUAUCGUUUUGUGGCAAUUUUAUUCCUAUUGUUGGAUCAUGUUACAUCAAUUGGUUUUAUAAAAAUAAAGUGUAUAAAUUACGUUUCAUAAUUUCUGAACACGACUGUCAAAAUGUGCUGGGCAAAUUUUCUUGUGAACAACUAGGCUUAAUAAAACGUUUAUAUUCAAUAGAUAUUAACCAGUAUGAUGAUAUUUUCAAAGGUUUGGGAAAGUUGCCUGGCAAAUACAAAAUAGUAACAAUUCCGGGCGCGCAGCCGUCAGUCUGUCCCGUUAGAAAAAUACCCGUGGGCGUACGAGAUAAGUUACGAAUCGAAUUAGAUCGAAUGGAAAAUCUAGGCGUUAUUAGAAGAGUGACGCACCCGACCCCGUGGGUGAAUGCAAUCGUAGUGGCGGCGAAAAAAGAUGGCAGCAUUCGAGUGUGCCUCGACCCGCGGCCGCUUAAUAGGGCCGUGCGACGCGCACACUACCCGUUGCCGACGCUCACUGAUAUCGCGACUAAAUUAGAAGGAGCUAGGUAUUUUAGUAAAUUAGACGCUCGAUCUGGAUUUUGGAUGGUUCAGUUAGAUGAUGAUAGCGCUGAUUUAUGUACGUUUGGAACACCAUAUGGCAGAUACCAGUAUCUACGUUUACCUUAUGGUAUAAACUGUGCAUCUGAAGUUUUUCAUCAAAAAAUACGUCAAAUAUUAGAGGGCUUAGAGGGCGUAGAUUCAUUUGUUGAUGAUGUCAUAGUUUGGGGGUCUUCAAUUUCAGAACAUGACGAGAGGCUUAAGCUUUUAUUAAAUAGGGCACGUGAUGCUGGUAUUAAAUUUAAUAAAGAAAAAUGUGAAUUUUGUGUUCAAACGGUAACUUACCUUGGACAUACCUUUAGCUCCAAAGGUAUGCAAAUAGAUGAAAGUAAACUUAAGGCAAUUCGUGACAUGCCGAAUCCGCAAGACAGGAGUUCAUUAGAGCGUUUUUUGGGCAUGGUAAAUUAUUUAUCAAAAUUUAUACCACAUUAUUCAGAGAUAGCGGCUCCUCUACGUAUCCUUUUGAAAAAAGACUCUGUAUGGAAUUGGGACGAAGUACAUGAAGCGACCGUGCGGCGUUUAAAAGAGUCAGUGUGCGCCGCGCCUGUACUGGCUUUGUAUUCUGCGCGCGAGCCGGUGCUGUUAUCAGUAGACGCGAGCUCUCGCGCGCUCGGCGCAGUGCUCAUGCAGGGCGGCCGGCCGGUCGAGUAUGCGUCAUCAACACUCACCGACACGCAAUGCAGGUAUGCUCAAAUUGAAAAAGAGCUGUUGGCGAUCGUGUUUGCGCUCGAACGAUUUCACCAAUAUGUUUGUGGCCGUAAAGAUGUCACAGUGGAGACGGAUCACAAGCCAUUGGAAACGCUAUUUCAUAAGGCGUUGGAUUCCGUUCCAGCCAGACUGCAGCGCAUGAUGUUACGUAUACAGGGAUACGAUUUCAAGGUUACGUAUAAACCUGGAAAAUAUAUGUUCGUUGCAGACACCCUUUCGAGGGCACCUUUACCUGAACAGUUACAACAAAAAGUAAGUGAUGAAAUUUCGGAGCAAUCAUGUUUUCUUAUAGAAAAUGUUAGGUUUAGUGACAGUAAAUUGAGUAUGAUAAAGGAGCAUACAAUGAAAGAUGAAGAAUGUCAGUUAAUUAUAAGAUAUAUAAAAAAUGGCUGGCCAAAUUAUAAGUAUGAAGUGGAUGAAAGAGUAAAAGAGCAGUGGUCGUAUAAGGAAAGUUUUGAAUAUGUCGAUGGUAUAAUAUUUAAAGAUAAUUUGGUUUAUAUUCCAUUUAAGUUAAGGUACGAAAUGGUAAAGCGAGUUCACGAUGGGCAUAUGGGUAUAGAUAGAUGCAAACGGCAUGCGCGGGAUGUGAUGUUCUGGCCAGGGAUGUCUCGAGACAUCGAGAGUGCAGUACGCCGCUGUGCGACGUGCGCCGAGAGGGUGGCGCGGCCCGCGCGGGAACCGCUCUUGCCACAUCCUAUCCCGAGCCUGCCGUGGGCUAAAAUAGGCUCGGACAUAUUUCAGAACGGUAACAAGUAUUUUUUAAUCUUAGUCGACUAUUUUUCGAAUUAUAUCGAAGUUUGUCCACUGCUGAACAUUACUAGCAAGACAGUCAUAACAGCGAUGAAGGAUCAAUUUGCAAGGCACGGCAUCCCACAGGAACUGAUAACUGAUAAUGGGCCAGCGUAUGCCUCGAAGGAAUUUGCUACAUUUAGUAAGCAAUGGGGGUUCAAACAUGUUACGAGUUCGCCGAAAUAUCCGGUAUCAAAUGGACGAAGUGAGAAGGCAGUACACAUAGUUAAAAAUAUGUUAACCAAAUCUUUGUCAUCUGGUUCUGAUUUCUAUUUAGGGUUGCUAAACCUUAGAACAACUCCCAGGGAUGGAAUUAGCUCACCAUCUCAGUUACUUAUGGGACGCAGGCUUAAUUCCAGGCUCCCAUCUCACGACUGUAAACUGCAACCCAGCCGUGACAACCGUGACGAUUAUAAGGCUAUCACAAGCAAGCAAGCCCGCGACAAACAGCACUAUGAUAAACGAGCACGAGCGUUGCCGGAGCUGCGGGCUGGGCAACGUGUGGUGAUGGUGGACGCCGGAGACAGGAAGCACGCGCGCGUCCAGGCGCGGGCGCCACAACCACGCUCCUACUUCGUAAUAGACUCAACAGGAAAGCGGUACAGAAGAAAUAGACGCCAUUUAAUUAAUGUGGAGGCAGCUCUUUCUUCUCCAUCCCAAUAUACGCCCGAGGAGCAAGAACAUUACGAGGAAGAGGAUUGGUCCAUGGCCGAAAGUGAGGACAACGCAGAUGAUCCUACGUUUGUUUUAACCAGCGGGGAUGGGUCGCGUCUCUCUGAGGACUCCCGGGGUGAUAUUUUGAAAGGCCGGUUAGAUCGCGCGCGCAGACCGGCGGCUGAGGCGGCCCGCACUAUUAUUGCCAAACUAAAUAGGGAAAAAUAAAUCAUAAUGCAAUCUGAGCUUAAAAUUAGAAUUGUAUAAAAUUGGUAUAAAAGAUUGUACUAUGUUACUUCACCCAAGCUGUUAUUGUUAAUUGUCCGACUUCAUAAAAUUAAAUGUAUGUAAGUAUUUUUAUUUUGUAUGUAUGUUCACCAAUUUUCUUAGUCAUUUUUUUUUCCAAAUUUUCGAUUAAUAUAUUUUUGUUUAAAAGGGCUUAUAUAUAUCAGCGGUGAUCCCAUAAAAAUUACAAUGAUAAGAUUAGCCUUUAUAAAAAACUGUAAAAAUAUACAUUAAUCUAGAUAUAUAAUAUAUAUAUA